CCGGCACUCUCCCACGAUGGCAGAUUCACCAUCAGACGAUCACGACUCACGCACCGCCUCGGUCGCCCCCCGCGCUCAGGCGAAGACCCUGUCGCGCCAGAGCUCCCAAGACUCCAACCCGAACCCGCGCAAGAGACAGCGACGCAACGGAUCCGACGACGCCCGCAAACCCCAAGACUUUGUGCCCCAGGGCGCCACCUUCAGCGCGACCGCCCUCGAGGUCGACCCGGAUUCCACCUCCUCGUCGGGCUCGGACAGCGACAAUGCGUCUUCAUCGGAUGACGCACCGGACGCGGGCGGUGCGCAGGCUCCCGCGGCUCCUCCGAACUGGAACAAGGGAAACAAGAGUGCGAUCCGGACGUCGCUGCGCAGUCGCGGGAAGGCGGAGGAGAGCAAGCCCGCGUCCCAGUUCGACGCCGUCAACGAUAAAUUCUGGCGCAGCCGGAGUGCAUCCACCGACUCGAGGCCGGACCAGGGUGGUGCCACAGAGGAAGGGGAGGUGGACUCGAGCUCGGAUGAGUCCAGCCAGAUGCGCGACUCGGACUCGUCAGGCUCCCUGGACUCGGAAGCGGACGACUCCAUUCUGCUGAACAUUGGAUCGCGCCCCGACGGCGACGACGAAUACGACCCGGAGGCGCUGCCCGUGUCGAACGGCAACACCGCGAAUGGACAUGGACACGAUGGCACGGAUGACCAGUCGAAGGAGACCGCGCUCCUCCGCUUCUCGAAGAAAUACCCGACCGCACCCUCCACCCUCGCCGAUCUGGAACGCGACGACAUGGACAUUCAGGCCAAGUACCGGUUUUAUGACCGCGACGUCAACGACAUCGACCUGCAGCUACCGAUUACCUGCACUGAAUGUCUGCAAGAGGGGCACCUGUCCGCCGUCUGUCCGUCAAAAGAGUGCAUCCACUGCAGCGCAUGGAACAAACACCCCAGCAACGUCUGCCCGACGUGGCUCCGCUGCCAGCGAUGUCGGUCGCGCGGGCACGACCAAGACGCAUGCCCAUCGGCACUGAAAGGCUCUGCGACCGAAACUCCCUGCGACCUAUGCGGCUCGACCACGCAUCUCGAACUGGACUGCGAUCUCAUGUGGAAAUGGAAAGCCAGCCAACCCGAAACCUCAGACGCGCCCCCGGUGCCUGUCCUCGUAUCUCUAUCGUGCGCCCACUGCACCAGCAACCGCCACCUGCUAGGCGACUGUCCCUCCCUCCCGGCCGGUCUGCGCUCCUCAUCCUGGACGCUCCAGGGCGUCGACCCGAACACGAUCACAAACCUCAACUCCGUGGUAGCCCCACGUCGCGGCGGCGGUGCUCCCCGCGGCCCGGGCGGACCCCGAGGUGGCGGGAUGAAGAUCCGAGGCCGUGCAGACCACCAGUACCAGCAGCAGCGCUCGUCCUCCGACAGCGAAGACAUGAUGUCGAACCGACGGCCGCCCGUCAACCGGGGAGCGGGUGCCACGCGCAGCCACAUCCGAUUCGGGAGCGGGAUCGGCCGCGGCAACAAGAACCUGGCUCCAGCGGGCAAUGGCGGUGGCGGAUACCGCACCGAUCGGAACGACUACUCGUCUGCCGGGCAGCGGUCGAUGUCGCCGAACCCGCGACCCAACCGCGGCCGAGGCAAGGAUAGCUGGCAGCCGAGCGGACGCGGGAAGCCGCCGAGUCGGCCGCCGUCGCGCGGAAACGGGAAUGCUGGACGCGGUGGGGGACGCGGUGGGAAGCGAGGGGGCGGAGGUGGUGGUGGUGGUGGUGGUGGUGGUGGUGGGGGAGACAUGUAUCGACCGAUGCCGAGUGCGGGGAAGAAGGCGUGGGAUCGAUCCCGAUACUGA